GACUCCGUAGGAAUGGUAGCCGGUUAGCUGAGAGGGCUGUUGGAUUAACUUGUUAACGUUAUCUGGCAUUCGGUUGUUUUGUUAAAAUAAUGAAUUUACUACCGUCUAAUCCGCACGGGAAUGGGCUCCUUUAUGCUGGAUUUAACCAGGAUCAUGGGUGCUUUGCCUGUGGAAUGGAGAAUGGAUUUCGUGUGUACAACACAGAUCCUCUCAAAGAAAAGGAGAAACAAGAGUUCCUGGAGGGCGGGGUUGGUCACGUGGAGAUGCUGUUUAGGUGUAACUAUCUAGCUCUCGUGGGAGGGGGGAAGAAACCCAAGUAUCCAACUAACAAAGUGAUGAUCUGGGAUGACCUGAAGAAGAAGACAGUUAUUGAGAUUGAGUUCUCAACAGAAGUCAAGGCAGUGAAGCUUCGGCGUGACAGGAUUGUGGUGGUCCUGGAUUCAAUGAUCAAAGUGUUCACCUUUACCCACAAUCCCCAUCAGCUGCAUGUGUUUGAGACCUGCUACAACCCCAAAGGUCUGUGUGUGCUGUGUCCCAACAGUAAUAACUCUCUGCUGGCGUUCCCUGGGACUCAUUCAGGCCAUGUGCAGAUAGUGGACCUGGCCAAUACAGAGAAGCCCCCGGUUGACAUCCCCGCCCAUGAGGGAGCGCUGUGUUGCAUCGCUCUUAACCUGCAGGGCACAAGGAUAGCUACUGCAUCAGAGAAAGGGACUCUUAUAAGAAUUUUCGACACAUCUGCAGGUCAGCUCAUACAGGAGCUGAGACGAGGCUCCCAGGCAGCUAACAUUUACUGCAUUAAUUUCAACCAGGACGCGUCCCUCAUCUGCGUGUCCAGUGACCACGGCACGGUGCACAUCUUUGCUGCAGAGGACCCCAAAAGGAACAAACAGUCGAGCCUGGCCUCAGCCAGCUUUCUUCCCAAAUACUUUAGCUCUAAGUGGAGCUUCUCCAAGUUCCAGGUCCCCUCAGGCUCUCCGUGUGUGUGUGCCUUUGGAACAGAGCCCAACGCUGUCAUAGCCAUUUGUGCUGAUGGCAGCUACUAUAAGUUCCUGUUCAACCAGAAAGGGGAGUGUUCCAGAGACGUCUACGCCCAGUUCCUGGAGAUGACCGAUGAGAAAAUAUGACCUUUGACCCAUCUGCAGACUUGCUAUUGCACAGGCUGUUUUCUCUGCUUUUUUUUCCCUUACCUUUUUUCUUUUUAUUUCGGAUGAAGCAGGAGAGGUCCCUUGUCGCACUCCUCCUUAUCUUGACAGACUCUGUGAAGGAGCAUCAGAUGAAGGGAGGUCAAAAAAAAAGAGAAGCACAGGCUUUGGGGGAACCCCUAACGGCAGAGAUGGACAGAUGGGACGCACCGACAGGGAUGCAGGCUUGUCUCUCACAGGCUCCUGAGGAUGGUCUCUGGACAGAGGGACACACUCGCUGACUUUACUCCCAAACCAAACACAAGACAAAAGAGGGAAAGUUAUUUUUUUUGAAAGGACAGCGUGCCGCUUUUUAAGACGUCUUCCGAGGAAUUUUCAAAGGAUGGCUAUUUUUAAUCGCGUAGAUGAUUCUGAUAGUUAGAAGGAUUGAAAAUACUGAGAUUUUUGUCAACUAACACCACCUAACCUAACUAUAGGGAGUGCCUCUGAGACUGGAGAGAAUCUGUAUGUGUGAACAUAUUAUUGUUGUCAUAUAUACAUAUGUGUGUUUGUGUAUAUACCAGUGUACCAUAUUAUGUGUUCACAAAGCAGGAACAGAAUGAAGGCGACUGUCUCCACUUGGUAACACCUGGAACAGUGGAGCAGACUCUGACCCUGUGUUGUGAAACAUCACAUUAGUAUUACUAGAUUUUCUUAUAUUCACUGUAUAAACACAAUGAACUUCUAACCACAUAGAACUGUACAGAGUAGUAGCAAACAGAAAAAAUAUGAACAUGUAUUUUUGUUUCAAGUCUUCCUUUUUUUUUUUUCACACAUCGUGCAAUAUAUGUUUUCCCUAAUUGUUUUUGUUAAAAGUUUGUGACAGUUGAGUGCUUGUUGUUUCACAAGGAGGCUUAAAGACAGUUUGUCUUUUAUUGGGAAAUACAGCUAUUCUCUGCCCUGCUGGUUUUUGUACUGAUUAAACAAAGGAGAUAUGACGUAUUUAUUAGUGAGCUUUAGAGAUGCUGUUAAGCGGAUUGCGUUACCUUCAGACAGUAGCCAGGCUUUUUCCCUGGUUUCAGUCUUUAUUCUCAGCUAGCUUUAGCUUCACAUUUACAGACCUGAGCGGCAUCAGCCUGCCGCAUGUAACUCUCUGCAAGAAAGAGACUAAGCUUAUUUCCCACGUUGAACUGUUUUUUUAAGAGUUUGUGAAAUUUGAGAGUUUGUUUCCUGAACUGGAAAGUUUAACAGCCAAACGCACGCACGGUUUCCAUCUUACAUCACAAAAACAUCGUCGAGUUAGGAUGAGAUUUUUUUUUUUUUUUUACACAUUAACUCAGAUCAACUGUAAAAGUAUGAAGAAAAAUGUUAAACUUGGUUCAAAACUGCACUUCCUGUUUAAAUGUUAAUACAUCAAAAGCCCAAGUUGAUUACGUCAGAAUCUCUAAUAGAUGGUCAAUAGUUUACUAAUAUGCUCUUCAUUGGCCAGUGCAUCUUUUUAUGUCAAAGACAAACACUACUCUUUACUGGAAAGAGUAGUGUUUGUCUGUAAUGCACAUGUCUGUACACUGCUUCCCUCUGCCUGACAUUAACAGCAUUGAUAUAUUCAGCUAAUGCAAAUCAGGGAAUCUGAAGUGCUUUUUUUGAACCCAGUGGCCAUAAACAGGACAUCAGUUCAGUGUGGAUCCACCACUAUGGAACAUGCGUUUAAGCAAAAGUGUAUUCAUGUAUAAUUAAUUAAUUUAAUUUUCAUUUGUCAUGUUAUUUGACAGCAUUUUUAGUUGAUUCAGUGCAAAAGCACGUUUCCUUUGUGUUCCUUUCUACAUCCGAUUGUACGUCUGCUGCUGGUGAACACACACAGCUCUGACCACAGUAGGAACGCUGCACAAACUGAAAAGCCAACUUGUUUCUGACACACUCAGAGUGAUUGUAAAAAUCUGCAUUUAAAUUUGUGAAUAAAAUUUAACAUCUGCUUUUA